GCUGGGUGCAGUGACUGUGCCAGACUCUCGGUGUACUGAUCAGGUGAAGCAUCCCUCCUCGUGGCCGUUACCUGCCUCCUCCGCCUCCGGGGCCGCCGUGUCGCCCCCUGCCGGCCGCGGCCUGCGCGUGCCGCUGAUUGGCUGCGCGCUUAGUUCCUCCUGAGGAAAUCGCUCCUUUUAUAGUUAACGGAGCGUCGCGCGGCCGUUUCCGGGUUCGCACUCACUCAGCAUGUAGAGGAGGCGGACCGGGACACCUGGACCACCGCGGACACACCGGAGCCGGACACGCGCAUCGACCAGCUCACCAGUGCAGGAUGGGAAACCUGAUCAAGGUCUUAACCAGAGACAUCGACAACAAUGGAGGAAACUUUUUCCUGGACUUUGAGAACGCUCAGCCCUCGCAGUCAGAAACGGACGUGUGGGAGAAGGUGAACCAGGUUCUGACGGAGGCUCGGGUCGUCCUGGAGGACCUGCAGUCGUACAGAGGAGCAGGAGAGGAGAUACGGCAGGCGAUCCAGAGUCCCGGUGUGGAGAAGGUCCAGGAGAAGGCCUGGUCAUCUGUGGUUCCUCUCGUCCAAAAACUCAAAACCUUCUACGAGUUCAGCCAGAAGCUGGAGUCCAGUCUGCUGUGUCUCCUGGACGUCCUCACCCGCUCUGGAUCCACUCCCACCCAGCACCUGGAGCAGAAGCAGGCUCUGGCCCGUCAGUUCGCCCACAUCCUGCACUUCACGUUGCGCUUCGACGAGCUCAAGAUGACCAACCCGGCCAUUCAGAACGACUUCAGCUACUACCGCAGAACCAUCAGCCGCAUGAGAAUCAACAACCUGGCUGACACAGGAAGUGAGGUCAACAACGAGCUGGCCAAUCGGAUGUCUCUGUUUUACGCUAACGCCACGCCCAUGCUGAAGACGCUGAGCGACGCAACGUCCAAGUUCGUCUCAGACAAUCCAGAGGUCCCCAUCGAAAACACCACCCACUGUCUGAGCACAAUGGCCAGCGUGUGCAAAGUGAUGCUGGAAACUCCUGAAUACCGCAGCCGUUUCACCAGUGAGGAGACGGUUCUGUUCUGCCUGCGUGUCAUGGUCGGCGUCAUCAUCCUCUAUGACCACGUCCACCCGGCCGGAGCCUUCGUGAAGACCUCCAACAUAGACAUGAAAGGCUGCAUCCGGGUGGUGAAGGAGCAGGCUCCCGGCAGCGUGGAGGGGCUGCUCAACGCCCUCAGGUACACCACCAAACACCUGAACGACGAGACCACCUCCAAGCAGAUCAAAAACAUGCUGCAGGCCAACUAACCCACCGACUGGAACCGGAACCAAACAGCGUGGUCCACAUUUCAACUACUGAACAAGUCUGAGCUAAUGUUUCUGUUUAUUAUUGAUGUUUUUUAAAUGUCUGUUGUUGAUACGAGAAGAGAAACGUGAUCGUUGGUUGAUCCAAGCAGAAGAUCAGGAUGUGAGGGAUCUGUUGUCACUUCUGCCCCUUUUCCACCAGAACAUCUCCAGAAUAAUUGUCCAGAACCACACAGAGCCUGGUUCUCUUUAGGUCCUCGGCUGCAGCUCCUACCUCAGACACAGCUUCUGUGGCCGAGGUCGUCUUUUGCAUUUUGACUGAACGGUUCUGCUCUAACUCGCUGACACGUCCGGUUGUUGGACCUUCUGUGAGCAGCGCCAGAACCUUAAACAUUCUUAUGCAAGCAUUAGAACCGUACACAGAGGAGCUAAGGAACCGCGGAUCCAUCAGCGUUCUGUCAAACAUCAGCGCUCCUCACAUGAUUAAGUGUCUUUUCAUUUGAUUCUGGAUUCUCUGGUGGAAAAGGGUCCGAUGACCCAGUCCCGUUUGUUUGGCUGGACUGGAAUGUUGAGUCGCCGACAUCUGGCUUAGAGUCAGGGCUCAGGCUGAUGGAGGCCUCUGUUCUGUGCCUUGUGUGUUGAUGCUGGAUGUCAGGGAUUCAUGGCAUUAAAGGUUUAAGGAUGUUUACUUUGCCAAAUAAAGCUUUUUACAUUUUUAA